GGACCCCGUCCUGCCGCCCGGCCGCCAGCCCGCCACCGCGGCGGCCGCCGGUCUCCCUCCGCGGCUCGAGCAGGCCCUCCGCUCCGCACCUCCGCGGCCUCCCUCCGCCUCCCUUCGAGCAGGCCAGCACGGCAGCACUACGUCGGGCGCUGGCAGCCCUCCGCGGUUCCGAGCAGGCGCGCCGCGCGCGCGCAGGCCACCGCACCGGCCGCCCCUGGCCCUGUCCGGCCGUCCGCCCCGGCGUCGCGUAGCCGCGUGACGGCUUGACUCGUGAGUCGUCCGCCCCUGCCCUACGUGAGCGCUGAGAGCAUGGACCAUCUUCUUCAUCUGGUGCACGUCAAGAUUCUUGCUGCGGACCUUCUCUCCUUAACUAUACAGCACACUUCGCCACCGGCGUUUCUCCGCUGUGGCCGUACGGUUGCUCGUGCGGAGCUUGUUGGAAUUGUUGUCUCUCGUGACCGCAGGGAGAAGUUCCUCCGCUUCGUGAUCGAUGAUGGCACUGGAUGUGUACCGUGCAUCCUGUGGUUAAACCACCAAUACUUGAAUGCUAGCACAUCCUCUGGGCUAUCAGAAUCUGAUCCUACUGCGGAGAUAGCGUUGAAAAUGUCAGAGGAGGUGCGUCUAGGCACUCUUUUGAGGGUCCGAGGAAAGAUUACCACAUAUCGUGGUGCGAUCCAGAUUACUGUUAGAGAUGUGGUUGUGGAGAAGGACCCGAAUUCAGAGGUGUUGCAUUGGUUACAAUGUGUUCGCUUGGCCAAGGAGUGCUAUGAUCUGCCACCAUCUUCUGGUCAAGAUGGCACUUGAAUGGGGUUUAUCAUGUGUAAUAUGUACAAGUUUAUCGCUGCACUUGCUAGAGACAAUCUCUUCUAAUGUGAUCAAGUUGUGCAUUAUAAGCCUUGUUAAUGAAAUGCGUAAAUAUUUAUAUUGGUUGCA